AUGAGCAAAUACCCCCCAUUCUUCGACUCAGCUCUUCUUGGUCUCGAUCCCUUAUUCUCAACUGCAUUGAAGCUCUUUGCAAAGGCCAUUCUCGACUUGAAACCGCUACCCGAUCAGCCAGAUCUCUAUGUCUUAAACCAAUGCCACGUUAUACGAUAUGCUGAGGUGUGUGGAGUGAUUGUAUCGGUGGAACAAACCUAUAACACGAUCAUAUACACAUUGGAUGAUGCGACUGGCACCUUACAAUGUUGUCAAUGGAAGAAUCAAGGCAAAAUUAUCAAACCGCUUGCACUUGGAACAACCGUGUGUGUACGUGGACGUAUUAAUGACUUUCGAGAUGCGAGGCAGAUCAACAUACAAAGACUUGAUGUUAUCGAUCAGAACCGACAAUUGAUGCAUGAUAUAUGGGCGGCCCGUUUGCUUGAAACCACCUAUGCUGAACCACCCAUGAUACCCCAGGACAUCAUCGACGAUACAAAAGAGAUCAAAAAGGAGCUGCAACAGCACAUGGAUGAGAAUUGGACGGACUUUCUUGCGUCCUCUCAGCAACAAGCCGCGAUUGUCAAGGAUGAAAAGUACUUUAAGCAGGAGAUGCUCGAAUUCUUACGCUCAACAUCGGGUGAAGGGCCUUUUUCAAAAACAAAGCCACGAGGACAUAAACCACUUCAUACACUGGCUCGGCAAGUCAUCACACAGCAUCAAAAAGAAACCGCUACCAGUCAAAAUAUUGGCACUUUGUUCAAGAAUACGAUCGGAGCUCUUUUAAAGGAAGGAUGGGUCGUCGAGUCAACCAGCGGCGGUACAGACAUGUUCUUGCUUGUAGACGAUGUAAAGCUCGAGACUUGUAUUAUCAACAUCAUCAAAGACGCCAUCCAAGCCCUUCCACCACGGUAUCAAAAUGGCGGGAUCAUGUUGGAUUAUAUUAUCAUCAAGGUCCAAAAACAAGACCCCUAUACCAAGUUGCCACGUGAUCGAAUUGUUCGUUGUAUAGAUAGUAUGGUUACGAGGAGUAUUUUAUAUAACACGCGUGCAAGAGAAUAUAAACCCUGUUGA